UCAGGAAACAAAGUCCAGCUUGUGUGAGCAGAAGAGCGGCUGCUGUUCUAGCUGUAAAGACCACACUGAGGUUAUUCUAAUUUAGUAGCAUUUAUUUCUGAAUUGGGACUUCAGACAAGCUGUUGUAAUGAGUGAUUUAUUAGGAGCUGUAAUGAACAUAUAAGCUCAGUUCUGUAGGAAUGAAUGUAGAAUGUGUCUCUGUGCUCUACCGUAAUACUCCUAAUACUUCAGCCGCCUGAUUUAAGUGCUGAUAGCUGGACUGCAGUAGAGACAGAAACUCAGGAAACAUAAAAUAACCAAAUAAACUGGAGUCAGAAGUGGGAACAUCGACAGAAAUGGACAGCAGCUCAGUUCAGGUCUUCUCCUGCUCCCUGUGUACAGUAUCCUACACAGCCCAUAAUUACCUCCACAAACACAUCAGAAGGAGCCACUAUGAGGAAUAUGUUGGGAUGCUGAGAGCAGGAGAGAUCAAAUCUGAAGACCUGAUGCCCACCAUCAGCUCCAGUAACCAGGAAACGUCCAGUUCUAAAUCUCCUCACAGCCCAGUAAAGAAAGAUCAGCACUGCUCAGAUUGUGGGAAGUGUUUCACUUCAAAGAGUUAUUUAAAAAUACACCAGCGCAUUCAUACAGGAGAGAAACCGCAUAAGUGCAACCAGUGUGGGAAGAGUUUUACUCACAGUAAUACUCUCAAGAGACACCAGCGCCUUCACACAGGAGAUAAACGGUACAGCUGCUCACAGUGUGAGAAAACUUUUACUAGCGGUAGUGCUUUACAUAGACACCAGCGCAUUCACACUGGAGAGAAACCGUAUUCCUGUUCGUACUGUGAGAAAAGUUUUGCUGAUCGUGGAUCAUUAGUAAUACAUAAGCGUGUCCAUAGUGGAGUGAAGCCGUAUUCCUGUUCACAGUGCGGGAAGAGUUUUGCUUACAGUAGUACCUUUAAGAAACACCAGCGCAUUCACAUAGAAGAGAAACCGAAUUCAUGUUCACAGUGUGGAAAAAGGUUUGCUGAUCGUGGACUAUUAGUGAAUCAUGAGCGCCUCCAUACUGGAGUGAAGCCGUAUUCUUGCUCAGAAUGUGGAAAAGGUUUUACUAAAAGUGCUACGCUUAAGAUACACCAGCGCAUUCACACUGGAGAGAGGCCAUAUUCUUGCUCACACUGUGGUAGGAGUUUUUCUGACAGUUGUAUCCUCAAGAAACACCAGCGCAUUCACACUGGAGAGAAACCGUACAGCUGCUCAGAGUGUGAGAAAAGUUUUACUACCAGUACUGCUUUACAUGCACACCAGCGCACUCACACUGGAGAGAAACCGUAUUUCUGUUCACAGUGUGGAAAAUUUUUUGCUCAUAAUGGCUCAUUUGCGAAACAUCAGCGCGUUCAUACUGGAGAGAAGCCGUAUUUCUGCUCACAGUGUGGGAAAAGUUUUGCUUACAGUUGUACUCUCAAGAAACACCAGUGCAUUCACACUGGAGAGAAACUGCAUUCCUGUUCACACUGUGAGAAGAGCUUUACUACCAAGGAUUGUCUCCAUGUACACCAGCGCAUUCACACUGGAGAGAAUCUAUAUAGCUGUUUAGUGUGUGAGAAAAGUUUUACUACCAGUAGUGCUUUACAUGCACACCAGCGCAUUCACACUGGAGAGAAACCAUAUUCCUGUUCACACUGUGGGAAAAAGUUUGCUGGUAGUGGAGCAUUAGUGAAUCAUGAGCGCCUCCAUACUGGAGAGAGGCCGUAUUGUUGCUCACAGUGUGGGAAAAGUUUUGCUAAAAGUGAUGCGCUUAAGAUACACCAGCGCAUUCACACUGGAGAGAAACCGUAUUCCUGUUCACACUGUGAGAAAAGUUUUUCUACAGCAGGGAAUCUCCGUACACACCAGCACAUUCACACUGGAGAGAACCUGUAUUCCUGUUCACAAUGUGGGAAGAGCUUUGCUAAUGCAGGUAAUCUUCGUACACACCAGCGCACUCACACCGGAGAGAGACCGUAUUCCUGUUCACACUGUGAAAAGAGUUUUUCCACCAUGAGUUCUCUCCGUCUGCACCACCGGGUUCACACUGGUGAGAAGCCAUAUCAGUGUUCAUUUUGUGGGAAAAGCUUUUUUUACCAACAUGGUCUUCAAAGUCAUCAGCGCAUUCACACUGGAGAGAAGCCGUAUUCCUGUUCUUACUGUGGAAGAAGUUUUGCUCAUAGUGGAUCAUUAGUGAAACAUGAGCGUCUCCAUACUGGAGAGCGUCCGUAUUCUUGCUCACAGUGUGGGAAGAGUUAUGUCGACAGUUGUGCGCUUAAGAAACACCAGCGCAUUCACACUGAAGAGAAACCACAUUUCUGUUUUUACUGUGGGAAAAGUUUUUCUGAUCGUAGUUCAUUAGAGAAACACGAGUGCAUCCACACUGCUGAGUACCUUCCCAUUAAUUAUUCGACCCUUACUUAUACCUCCCAGCCAGUCACUGCCACACCAUCCACCCACCAUUAGUUACUGCUUUAACCUGUUUCCCCCCAUGGUUACAUGGUGAAGGAAUAAGAGUCAUAGUCUUUAGUUAUGAACAGCUGUCUCUGUGUGAUGUUAUAGCUGAUUUGUGCUGGUACAGGUUUUUGUGUCUGUGUUCCACAAACUAUGUAAAAGUGUGUGUGGAUGUUUUGUCCUGACCAGCAUCUUCAGUCUGUCCUGUGUGUGUAGAAUAAAAUGAAUUUUUCAGACUAA